AUGGGUAAAUCCGACGGCUACACGCUGGACCGGACCUCGUCAUGGACUCUCUAUCCAGGCGCAAAUAUCGCCUGCCCGACCCCACACUCGACCACCCACCGCGCAAGCAUGCAGUCAGAUUUCGACAUCGACGACCACGAGACGCACGCGCAUCCAGCGUCGCCGCCUCACGUUCCGCCACAGGCGCAAGGAAUACCUCUACUAGAAUAUGAACACCCGCCACUCAAGUUUGCGCGCCGCCAUCACAGCGACAUCCCUAGCCAUGACGAGUCCGGAUAUGCGCACUACAAGGAUAUGCAGAAAAUCGCCUUGGCGAAUGCCAUACGCGGUUUCGAGGACGAAUUGGGAUCACGCUGCGGCAUCAAGUGCUUGGAAACACAGAAACAAAAGCUGAUCGUGUCCUAUCACAGCCAGAGUAAACUAUCACAGCAGGAGCUGGCCGAUCUCCAGAAAGCGACACAUUUCGACAAGAAAGAGUUACAGCAAUGGUACAAAGGCUUCCUGAAGGACUGUCCAUCGGGCAUGCUCACCAAGGAGGAAUUCCAAAAGAUCUAUAAGCAGUUCUUUCCUUUCGGCGAUCCGUCAUCGUUUGCAGAUUACGUCUUCAAUGUCUUCGAUGCAGACAAAUCCGGCACAAUCGACUUCAAGGAGUUUAUUUGCGCAUUGAGCGUCACGAGUCGCGGCAAGAUGGAGGACAAGCUCGACUGGGCGUUCCAGCUGUACGACAUUGACGGUGAUGGCAAGAUUAGCUACGAGGAGAUGUUGGCAAUCGUAGAAGCCAUCUACAAAAUGGUCGGCUCCAUGGUUAAGCUCCCGGAAGACGAAGACACCCCCGAGAAGCGCGUCAAGAAGAUCUUCCGGAUGAUGGACAAGGACGAGAACGGCAGCUUAGACAUGGCUGAGUUCAAGGAGGGCUCGAAGCGCGACGAGACUAUCGUUUCCGCCCUGUCUCUCUACGACGGUCUUACAAAACACACAUACACGAUGCGGCGACUCGAUAUAUCCGCGUCCGUCGCUGUGCUGGCAUCCUUGCUAGCCAUCGCACCCUUACCGGCGUCGGCCUUUUACUUUCCAGGCACCGCGCCAACUUCAUACAAGACUGGAGACGCUGUACCUCUAUACGUCAAUCGACUUACACCCGCCGAUUCGCAAAACGACCCGAAGCUACGCUCCGUCUUCUCCUUCGACUACUACCAUCCGCCCUUCCACUUUUGUCGCGAAAAAGAUGGCCCCAAAGAAAUCCGAGAGAGUUUGGGAAGCAUACUGUUUGGGGAUCGCAUACAGACGAGUCCGUUCGAGCUGAAGAUGGGCGUAAACGAGACAUGCAAACUCCUCUGUGAAGCUCCGUAUCCGGGCGCGGAUGCAGCGUUUGUCAACAGCAGGAUAUACCAGGGCUACGAUCUUAACUGGUUGAUAGACGGACUGCCUGCGGCACAAUCGCUCAGGGAACCGGGCUCAGAUCAGACCUUCUAUCAACCAGGCUUCGCGCUGGGCCUUGUAGAUGAGGAUCAGCCCAUGCUCAACAACCACUACGACAUUGUCAUCGACUACCACGAGGCUUCGCCGGGUAACUUCCGCGUAGUUGGUGUGCUGGUGGACCCAUACUCCGUGGCGGAAUCGAAAAGAGAGGGCGAUAACGGGGCAACGUGCAACGGACAGACGCCGGUCGUCCUGAAAGAGAAUGACGAGGACACAAACCUGGUCGUCUUUACGUAUGGUGUCUACUGGCGACCCAGCCCGACUCCGUUUGCGACACGGUGGGACAAAUAUCUACACGUCUACGACCCAAAAAUCCAUUGGUUCUCCCUCAUCAACUCAGCCGUCAUUGUUGUCUUCCUUGUUGGUAUGGUAAGCGCGAUCCUUGUGCGUACACUCAAAAAGGACAUUGCGCGUUACAAUCGUCUGGAUCAAUUUGCGCUUGAGGACUUUGGUGAAAGCGGCGACGCUGAUGAUACUGCGGAUGAUUCUGGCUGGAAGCUGGUACAUGGAGAUGUGUUCAGGCCACCAAAGAACCCGCUACUCUUGUCCGUUUUGGUUGGCAAUGGAGCCCAGCUCUUUGCCAUGACAGCGCUGACUAUAGCAUUCGCGCUUCUCGGCUUCCUGUCUCCUAGCAACCGCGGCGCUCUCGGAACAGUCAUCAUCAUCUUCUACACACUCUUCGGUUUCUUCGGUGGCUACACAGCGGCGCGUACCUACAAGUUUUUCCAUGGCGAAUCGUGGAAGCUGUGCUUUUUCUAUACCCCGGUUGCUCUACCUGCCAUUGUAUUUGGCGUCUUCUUCCUUAUGAACCUGUUCGUUUGGGGUCGCGGCGCAUCCGGUGCUGUUCCGUUUACUACUAUGCUUGUGGUCGUCAUUAUUUGGUUCGUCAUCUCAGUGCCACUGAGUGUCGCUGGUUCCUGGAUUGGUUUCAAGCAAGCAGCCAUCGAGCCACCCGUCCGCACGAACCAGAUCCCAAGACAAAUCCCGCCGGUAGGAGGUUAUCUACGACCUCUUCCCUCUAUGGCAUUAGCUGGUGUACUCCCCUUUGGUGCUAUCUUUGUCGAACUCUAUUUCAUCAUGAACUCGAUCUGGUUCUCGAAAGUCUACUACAUGUUCGGCUUCCUAUUCAUCUGCUUCGGGCUCAUGAUCAUUACCUCGGCGGCGGUCACUGUGUUGAUGAUUUACUUUUUGCUUUGCGCAGAGGACUACCACUGGCAAUGGAGGUCUUUCUUCACGGCUGGUGCAAGCGCAGCGUACGUGUUUGCCAGCUGCUUGCUAUAUUGGAUCAAGGAUGUAAGCUGGACUAGCUGGACGAGUGGUGUUGUUUACCUAGGAUACUCUGCACUGCUGAGUUCGCUGGUAUUCAUUCUUAUUGGCACCAUUGGUUUCUUCGCAAGCUGGCUCUUUACCCUCAAGAUCUACAGAUCAAUCAAGGUGGAUUGA